UGGUAAAAAUAAUUUUAACUCCUAUGUUUUUGGGUUCACCACUGUUCAUUAUAAUUUUGUAUCGCACAUGAAUCGGGUGUUUCGCAGUAGUAUCUAGUGUAUAGAAGGUUUUUUUUUUGGAAGAGGUUGUUAAUAAUUGAUGAUGGAUGCUGGUAUAAGGGGUUUCAAUGAAGUUAAAGGCGCUUUUGUGAAAUCCUGGACAAUCAUUUUAAACUACAUGUUGCAGAGUGUUGUGCUGGCGGGUGACAACGAUUUUUACGGUUGGUCGGACGAGGGGAUUUUGUUGAAAUGUAUGAAGAAUACAAAACUCAAUACAAUUACAAUACUACAAUAUUACGGAAAUAAUAUCAAGUAUUUUGUAUUCGUUAAGCCGACGGACCUGCUAGUUGUCACAAUUAAUGAAAAAAAUGUAUUGCAAGUGUGGGACGUUUCGACUGGAAAAUUCAGAUGUGAAAUGGAACUGAAUGGCAUUGCGACAAAUGUAUGUAGUAAUCCACGUUAUUACUAUGUUGCGGUAUCGUUUAAAAACGGCAAAGUGGAAUUACUGAAAACUGAUCCCAAUGAAUCUGACGUAGAACUUAUAUCAAAAAUGGUGUUGUGUGAUGAAGAACUAUCUUGUGUAAAUUUUUUUAGCGACGGAAAAGAAUGUUUGGCCACGAAUUUUUCAACUGGUCGAUUAUAUCACAUCAGGAUUGAAUUGGAAAAAACAUGUUCCAUAAUAAAAGAAUAUCACUUGAAAAAGGAAAUUAUUGAUGCUAAAAUAUUCGAUGAUAAACAAUCGUCGCUUUUGACCAUUUUAUACAGAGAACAUGAAGAAAUCUCUGAAGUUGCUGGCAACAAUGUAGUGAUAUUUAAUAAAAAUUUCGAUAUUGUUUUUAAAUUACUAAAUACACAGCAUAAUUAUACAUCAAUUUUUAAAUGGAUUUCAUUUGAUAUACCCGGUACAAUCAAUAUAGCUUUAACUGUGUUAAAGUCUUUUCAUAUUCAUUUGAUGACUAUAAACAUUGUUGAGGAAAAAGUAUUAAGGUCAAAAAUUAUACCGUUAGAUCAUGAUGUGAGAGUUAUUAAAAUAUCUUCAUGGAAAAAACAUUGUAUUACAUUUUGUAACGAUGGUACAUAUAACGUUUACGAGUUUACUGAUGACGAUCAGUGGAAGAAAAUUAUAAGGGUAAAUUGCAGUCAUUGGCAAACUGGAGGAUUGAUGGCCGCAGAAAUUGAUAGCAGCUACCGUAAUAUAUUAACAUUGAGCCGUGAGGGAAACUUGAUGUGCACAAGCUUUAAGUAUAUUUCACCAAAAGUAAAAAAAAUAAAUAAAAUAUUGGAAUAAUUAAUUUUAGGGAUUCGUGUCAUCAUAUAAGACGAAAUUAUCAAAUAGAUUCACCAAUAAUUAUAAAAAUUAUGAAAACGAAAGGAAUUGG